GCGUCACAGCUCUGGCCCAUUAUUUUGUCCUCCUCAAGCUUCAAAUGAACAACGGGCGAAGCAUUUUCUUGAAAUGAAUUAAAUAUUAAUACGCGGAAGGAGCCGUUUUUUCUUCGUGCUCAUCACCUCGGACACACAUGGAGUCUCUCGGUCAGUAGCUCGCCGUGUCGCCGGGCUGCUCGCUCCUCCGUGGGACUUGAGGCCGAAAACAUUGCGCGGAGUGACAGCCCCGUUAAAGCCGACAGACUGGGUGUUUAUCUGGGUGACUAGCCACCUAGCUAGCCCCGUAGACAGCAACGAGAGGAGGGAAGAAACCCCAAAAGGAGCGUUUGAUAACUUCAGGAAAGGGAGCCUGUGGCUGUCCCUGUCCCGUCCAACCCGCUGAAGGGAUGGCACACCUUCGAGACAUGCAAAACCAGAAUACCAGGUUGGACCCUGAGGAGUACUUCACCAAGCAGGAGAGGAUUGGGAAGGGCUCCUUUGGGGAGGUCUACAAAGGCAUCAACAACCGAACAAAGGAAGUUGUGGCAAUUAAAAUUAUAGAUCUGGAGGAGGCAGAAGAUGAGAUAGAAGACAUUCAGCAGGAGAUCACUGUACUGAGCCAAUGUGACAGUCCUUUUGUUACCAAGUAUUAUGGAUCUUACCUGAAGGGGACCAAGUUGUGGAUUAUCAUGGAGUAUUUAGGUGGUGGAUCUGCACUAGAUCUGCUUCGUCCAGGGCCUCUUGAAGAAACGUACAUUGCUACUAUACUGAGGGAAAUAUUAAAGGGGCUGGAGUAUCUGCACUCAGAAAGGAAGAUUCACCGAGAUAUUAAAGCUGCCAAUGUGCUUUUGUCAGAGCAGGGUGACGUGAAGCUGGCUGAUUUUGGAGUGGCAGGACAGUUGACAGACACCCAGAUUAAAAGGAACACAUUUGUGGGCACACCUUUCUGGAUGGCUCCAGAGGUUAUCAAACAGUCAGCUUACGACUUCAAGGCUGAUAUCUGGUCUUUGGGCAUCACUGCCAUUGAGUUGGCUAAAGGAGAACCUCCCAACUCGGACCUACACCCCAUGAGGGUUCUCUUCCUUAUCCCCAAAAAUACUCCCCCUACCCUGGAGGGACCUUACAGCAAACCUUUCAAAGAGUUUGUGGAGGCUUGUCUAAAUAAAGACCCUCGCUUUAGGCCGACAGCCAAAGAGCUUCUGAAGCACAAGUUCAUCACACGUUACACCAAGAAGACAGCCUAUCUGACAGAGCUAAUUGACCGCUACCGACGCUGGAAGUCAGAGGGACAUGGGGAGGAAUCCAGCUCUGAUGACUCGGAUAUGGACGCUGAUGGUGAUGUUGACACAUGUCCUAUGUGGACCUUCCCCACAGUCAGACCCAGCUCUAUGAAUAAGUUACAGAAAGGUUACACACACACAGAUUCAGAGAUGGGAGACUCUGUGAAAAGACAACCCAAGUCACAAUGCUUGUCCGCUUUGGUAACGCCCAUUUUCAGAGAGUUGAAGGAGAAGCGGCGGGCAAGUGGUGGGGGCGUAGGAGCUAUCGAAGAGUUGGAGAACGCCUUCAACCUUGCUGAGGAGUCGUGUCCUGGCAUUUCUGACCGCCUUGUCACACACAUGAUGGAGAGAGUUUGCAGGUUUUCAUUAAAUGGUAAUACCACCCCGUCUUCACGGUGAAACCCCAGCUGGAUGUAAGUUAACCCUGCCUCCCAGAUCCCCACCCAUCAUCUCGGAUAAAGACCACAGGAGAACCCACAUUCCCCUCCACUCUCCACCUUGGCACCCUUCCUAGUCAUGUCCCAGAAGAGAUCUUUUAAUUAGUUAUAAUUAAAUAUUUUUACAGUUUUUCUUUUAAGAGCGGAGAAUAUUUAAGACAAAAAAAGCCAUGACAUUUAGAGCGUUGUGUAUACGUGGUAGAUUGAGAAGAAGAAAAAACCUAUAAUAAAGUUUAUGGAAAAUGUCC